AUUGGUUUUAUUGUUACUGUUAACCUGAGUAACAUAUUCGAAACCUAACGCUAUCAACUCAUGGUUUCGCUUGUCAGAUUGUAUUGAUUUUGCUCUUGUGUUAUUUAUAAUUGUUAUUUAUUGGUUUCAAUAAUAAAUGUAAGUGCAUUCUAUGUAUUUACUGGAUCAUCGGCUCACCUUUUCCGUCGUUUCCUCUUCCAGAUUCUCUCAAACAAUACUCCUCACACUCAAGGUACAUUCAAGCUAGGAGCGAAUCUGCCAGAUGCUGUUUGUCACACCUGUCUGACCAUUAAGUCUUCAGGACUGUAUUGUUUUUGAACAUAUAUAAUCCAAUAGAAACCAUUCUGGAGAAUAAACGUACGAUGUCUUCAGUGAUUUCUGACAAAAAGUGGAGCAACCUUAAAUGCAUACUUGGACGUUCUGGUCCGUUUCAUCGGUCAGAAUUCGAGCCGUCAAAUGAACUCUUAAGCAUGGUUAGAGAACAUGUGAAAAUCCUUGUCAUUGGAGCUGGAGGUUUGGGUUGUGAGCUUCUGAAAAACCUUGCUAUGAUGGGGUUUUGUCAUCUGGAGGUCAUAGACAUGGACAUAAUCGAUAUUUCCAAUUUGAACAGACAAUUUCUGUUCCGAUCUCACGAUGUCGGCAAACCGAAAGCCAAUGUUGCAGCUGAUUUUAUCAUGCGCCGCAUUCCAACAUGCAAAGUUGUCCCACACUACAAUAAAAUUCAAGAUUUCGGUGCGCCGUUUUAUAAACAAUUUAAUGCUGUGGUUUGUGGUCUGGAUUCAGUCACAGCUCGGCGGUGGAUUAAUUCUAUGCUGGCAAGUCUGGUUCGUUAUAAUCCAGAUGGUCAACCAGAUCCAAACACUGUCAUACCACUUGUUGACGGUGGGACAGAGGGAUUCAAAGGACAUGUCCUUGUUGUUCUGUAUGGCCUGACUGGAUGCCUAGAAUGUACACUUGACCUAUACCCACCACCAACCAAUUUUCCCUUAUGUACUAUAGCGCAUACUCCUCGUCUUCCAGAACAUUGCAUAGAAUAUGUCAGAAUACUGUUAUGGUCAAAAGACAAUCCAUUUGGAAAUAAUGUUGCAAUCGACGGCGAUUCACCUGAACACAUACAAUGGAUAUAUGAAAAGUCAUGUGAAAGGGCUAAACAAUUCGGAAUUUCAGGUGUUACACUACGUCUUGUACAAGGUGUCGUAAAGCGAAUAAUCCCUGCUGUUGCUUCUACAAAUGCUGUUAUCGCAGCUGCAUGUGCAACUGAGGUCUUCAAACUAAUCACAUUCUGUUACAAUUAUUUAGAUAAUUACAUGAAUUUCAGUGAUAUUGAUGGAGUUUAUACCUAUGGUUUUUCUGUUGAACGCAAAGCUGAUUGUCUUGCCUGUAACAAUGUGCCACGAACUCUUCGAUUGCAGACUACUUGUACAUUAAGAGAUGUUAUAAAUGUUUUGAAGACAGAUCCUGAGUUUCAAAUGCAGUCACCCAGUAUAACAACAAUUAUUGAAGAUCAACAUCGUUCAUUGUAUAUCAAUCUUCCAGAACUGGUUGAUACACUUAAACCGAAUUUGUCUAAAACUCUUCAAGAACUUGGUCUUAUUAAUGGUCAAAUAAUUCAUGUUAGUGAUAUUACAACACCUAGAACAUUAUCUAUAAAGCUUCAUUUGGAUGAUAAUUAUAAUGCAAAUCAUUUGAUCGCUAUCAAUUAACUUCAUUAAAAUAAAUUGUUUAUUAAUGAUGAUAACAUGAUUAUUAUGUUUAUUAUGUCUUAUGUCUUUGUAUAUGAUUAUUUUAGUUGUCAUAAUAAAUAUAACAUUAUUUGUUGUUUUA